GUGCAUACGCCCGGCCUGCAGCCUGACUGCAAUCUCGAGUACUUUUCUUUCAUAAAGCAAACCACUUCCGAUUCCACCAUGUCUUCGGUCGGCGUAAUAAUUUCUGGACGCCCCGUCGUCACCGAGCCUUCUUCCGUAAUAUCGCAGACGCAGUUCGCAUUCCAGAUACCGUCACAACCCUCCUUCUCGCACAUUGUCGUCUUUCUCCUUCCCGGGGUUACGCUUCCAGAUGGCACAGCAGCCGCUGUAUACGCGCAAUUACCAGGCACGAGCGACUUCAAGCUCCUAGGAGCAAUCGCAAACGAAAAGCCCAGCGCGAUAUUCAAAGUCAACACAAAAGCUGGUGAGCCGGCGGGUGGUGGUAUUGGGGAUGAUAAUGCCAUGAUAGACGAAGGAGUGUCCAUGGAUGCAACGACCGGUAGCACGGCGCCGCUAGCCCUCGGUAUAAGCGUCGAGCCUGCUCAACAAGUCGCUGCUGCCCUUGCGCAGAACAAGGCCCAAGAUGCUGCAGCCUUGGUGACACCGGCUAUGGGUCAAGGGAACGAGAUAGUGCUAAGAGGGCAGAAGAGUGUAGAUACAAAGGUACUGGCCCAAAGGAUAAUCAAGAAUUGUUAUGACUUUUUGACAAGCUGGGGAACGGGAGAUACAGUUCCGCUGAAGGCGUUUCAGGCAUGGUGGACUAAGUUCGAGGGCAAGAUCGAAAGGGAUCCAGGCUUUCUAGAGAGAAGCGAUGGGGGCUGAAGCUAAGGUAUAGUGGGAAUGCCGAGAUGAGGGUGCAUGGAGACAUUUCAGGUAUUGGAGGACGUGGUUUACGCCAUACUGUUGAGUUGAUACGAUAUGCAGCCACAUCGAAAA